AUCCCCAACCGCCCGAUGGAACGCCCCCGCCGCCGCGCCGCAGGCACGGCGAGUCGAACGCCGGCGCAGCGAUGCGUUCGGCGGGGACGCCGCCGGUGCCGUGAGAGCCCGGCCUCAGGCGGGCCCGGCCGCUCGGGCCGCGCCGGUCCCGCGGCAGCAGCGCCCGCCACGCCUGGAAAAGCCCCUUGCGGCACUGCCGAGCCUCAGUUGAUGGCGGCGCGGCUGAAGCGGUGCGUGGUGCGGCGGCGGGACGGGCCGGAGCAGCACGGCGUGGCCGCGUCCUGCCUGCGGGAGCUGCGCGACAAAGCUUGUGGUGUUCUGGCUAUUGACAAGGCCCGGGAACCCAUCACCUUGGUACUGGCAGAAGAUGGGACCAUUGUGGAUGAUGAAGAUUACUUCUUGUGUUUGCCAUCUAACACAAAAUUUGUGGCACUGGCCAAGGAUGAGAAAUGGACCAGCAAAAGCUUAGACAGUGGAACAUCCUGGCUCUCGGAGUCUGUGGAUGAAGUGGACAGUGCUGCUGAGAAGUGGAAGCAACUGGCCAGGCAGCUAAAGGAUGACCUGUCCAAUAUCAUCCUGAUGUCUGAAGAAGACCUCCAGGUGCUUAUUGAUGUGCCACGCUCAGACCUGGCUGAAGAGCUUGCCCAAAGUGAAACCAAAAUCCAAGUGCUGCAGGACACUCUGCAGCAGGUGCUGGACAGACGAGAAGAAGAGCGUCAGUCAAGGCAGCUCCUAGAACUCUACCUGGAGGCCUUGAAAACUGAAGACAGUAUCUUAAGCAAAGUUGCAGAACCUAAGGCUGCGCCAGGGAAGGAGAUGGAUGUGGUUGACACAGGUACCAGCAGCAGAGAUACUUCAGCCACAACAGCACUUAGUGACCAGGUCCUUGCUUCUCUGAAAGAGAAACCUGCUCCAGAGCUCUGCUUGGACAGUCAGGAUCUAGAGCUGGUGUCCAAGGAAGAUGCAGCAGCGCUGGCCUCGGCUCUGGGGUGGGACAAGCAGAAAGCUGGAGCUCUGCAGGAAGCCUGUGAUCAGGAGCUCUGCAAGCGCCUCAAACAAGUGCAGACUCUGCAUUCCCUACGGAGCACAUCCAAGGGCAAGAAAACGCUUCCCUGGGGGGACUGGCCCACUGCAAAACGCAAAAAAUAAGACUGCAUUGCUGUUUGCAGUUUAGUUUUUGCUUUUGCAUUAGAAUCAAUACAAGCAAAGACACAUCCUGGGAACCAUAGUUUGCUGGUCAUACUGUGGUCUGGCUAUAGAUACACACAUACAACUAAAAUCUGAACAUUGUCCUGAGGCUUAAACUCCUCUGGUGAUUUGACUUGUGUAAGCAAAGGGAUUUUGACUUUUUGCAGAAUGCUAGAACAAUGGUAUUGCUAAGCACAGCAUGUGUUUGGCUUUCAAUAUGUGGUUGGUAGCCAGCAGCUUCCAUCUGAUAAUGUGGAUGCAGCUCCUGAAGCCCCAGGCAGUUUGCUUACUUUGUCCUCCUACCAUUUUCAGUGUAAAAAGGAUGGAGGAUCUCUGGAAGACACUUUGAGGCACAGUUAGUGAUCAGGGCAGAGGGGUUAGCCAGUUGCUGCCUGGCUUUAAGCUCUAGCCUGGGAUCUAGGAACUUGAAUUCUCACGUUGAUUUAAUCAGUUAAAGUAAAUUCAAAGUCCUUCAACUUCAGUGCUUUUUCUGUGAGGAACUCCUGCCUCUUGGAUGCUGUGUAAGAACUAUCAUGUAAAACACAGCAAAGGUGGAAAUAAUUGCUUUGUAAGGCUGUGUGACAGAAGACUUGCAUUUGGACUGCUGUGUUAUUCUCCUAAUCAUUAGUGUAUCAUCAUGAUGCUUUUGUAUUAACUGGCUUAUUUUUAAAUUUAUUAAAGCCUUUUUUUCUAAUAUGAAUAAAACCUUUUAAUCUUA